AUCGAGCUUCAUAAAAUUGCGAAAACGUUCAUAAGCUAACUAGAUGGCAGCAGCAGCAACCACCACCGCCGCCGUCCCCGGCAACGGACCACACCCCGUUUCCGAUGGCCGCCUGGAAGAGCUACUCGCUUUCGACGCCACCAAAGCCGGCGUCAAAGGCCUCGUCGACAGCGGCACCACCGAGCUCCCGCGGAUCUUCAUCCACUCCCCCGACGACCUCCCCAGUCCCAAGGACGCCGCCGCCCCCGCCGGCCUCCAAGUCCCCAUCAUCGACCUCUCCGGCCUCGCCCACCGGAGGGAGGAGGUGGUGGGUCGAGUCCGCGAGGCGUCGAGCUCCUGGGGAUUCUUCCAACUAGUGAACCACGGCGUCCCGCCGGAUAUCGUCGAAGCCGCGCUGCAGGGGAACAGGAGGUUCCACGAGCUCGAACCGUCGGAGAAGGCGAAGAUCUACAACCGCGAAGCGAGGAUGAACGUGAAGUAUCUCAGCAACAACGACCUCUUCGUGACUAGAGCUGCCAACUGGAGGGACACGCUCUACUGCUGCUUCGGCGCCUCCCUGAAUCCCCAAGAAAUCCCCAGCGUCUGCAGAGAAGCGACGCUGGCUUACGACGAGCACAUGGUCCGCUUGGCUGAACUGGUCUUCGAGCUGCUGUCGGAAGCGCUCGGACUGAGACGAGACUACCUGAAGAGGCUCAACCUGUCGAGCACGCGCUCGAUGACCGCGCACUACUACCCGGCGUGCCCACAGCCGGAGCUCACCAUGUGCACCUCCAGGCACUCCGAUCCGAUCUGCCUGACGCUGUUGGUGGAGAAUGCGUUCGGCGGCUUGCAGGUGCGUCACAAGGGCUACUGGGUGGACGUUCCGCCUGUUCCCGGAGCGAUCGUGGUCAACGUCGGCGAUCUCCUGCAGCUCAUUAGCAACGACAAGUUCAUCAGCGUGGAGCAUCGCGUGUUGGCGAGCGGGCAAGGGCCUCGCUUGUCGGUGGCGAUGUUCUUUGCUCCGAACACCGACGAGAAGACUCUAUAUGGCCCGAUCGAGGAGAUACUGCUGGAUGCCGAGGUGCCAAAGUAUCGACGAGUACUUUACGCUGAUUAUAUCAAGUGUUUUUCUGGUAGGGGAUUCGGAAGGGACUCUCCACUCAAGCAAUUCACUCUUUGAAGGAAGAAGUUGAUGCCAGUAAUAAAAACUUCUCUUUCAAAGGGAGCAAGAAUCAGUUUGAAUUUAAGACAGAAUAAAUACUUUAAUAGUUGAGUUUUUUAAUAUUAAGUUACGAUUCAAAUCUACUCAGAAAGAACAACUUGUUGUACU